UAUUUAAUAAAUUUCUGAGAUACCGAUCGAAAGAUCUCAUCAGACUUUGAACUACUUCGUUUGAAAUUCGUUUCUCGAGUUUCUCUUACGUCGUUUUUCUCCUUACGUUAUACAUACACAAAUUGUACGAACUUCAUAGAAUUCAAAAAAGUUUUAAUAAACGUAUGAACGAAAAAUGAACAGUUUCAAAAAUGUUUAAUUUUAUUUCGUUGGAAUAAGUAAGCGUAUCCAAAUAUUAAUGGAAAUUAAAUUCAAUCGCUAUGAAUGUAUACUCUUGAUAAGAUUUCUUUUUUUAAUGAAUUCUAACAGGCUGGAAAGUUUGCACUUAUAAUUCAGCAACAUCCUGUAUACAUAUAUGUACAUUAAAAAUGCCAUUUUUUGAGUUCGUUCGAGUCAGGUUAACGACCUCUAAUACAAAGAUUUGCUUCGUUCGCCUUCGUCUAUCGUUCAAACUUUUUACUUCUAUUUCUUUUUUUUCUUCUUCCGAAAUCUCUAUUUCGUCGACUUACAAAGAAGAUGAACGAAUCGGUAAUACCAUUCAAUAAGAUUCGAUUGUCGUCACAUUAGUUACGCCGUAAGCUCCUCUGAGAGUCACGUAUGAGACGAUAUCUCGCGUUCAAUAACGAAUUUAUCAGAUAGCGGCGCUAUUCAAUCGAAAUACCAAACUUUUGAUUGAACCACCUCGAUACGAUGUCUCAUACCUUUUCCUUAUUAACUGCCAAGCUAUUUUUAUAGAAAUCGGUCAUCAAUAUAACAAUUUUAUUUUCUAUCGUUUCUUAUGUUUCGUCAUUGUUCAUUAUUUCACAUAAUUCAUCAGUUUUCAUCAUUUUUUGCAUCACAUUACCGUUCAUCGUCGAUUACAUUGGUAGAAUCGAGUACUGGUUAUCUAUGAACACUACGACAUCAGCAUAUUAAAUUCAAAGGCGAUAUGUGAAAGGUCAUCAUAAGCUCAGACUACGGUCUUCUUUGAAAUAAGAAAGUAUUGCAGGAAAGUAAACAACGACCUUGAUUAUCUCAGAUAUUUCUAAAAAAUAAAUCACUUUUUCGUCCAAUAAUUAUCGUAUUUUCGAUCACCUUGCACGAGGAGAUUUAAAAAAAUAAUCAUAAGAUCAGCCAGUAGAAUUAUAAAACUGUAGACUACAACGAGUAGAUAUGUUGAUGCGGAGUGGAAACGACCUUCCAGUGUCAGCGACCACGGGUCACUCGUCUUGAGGAGAACGUUGCGGUUAUGGUUUACGUAUUACAAAGUUGGUGAACGUUGCGACUCUAUGUACUGAGGAUCAACCUCGAUCAUCGUGCAUAUACCAUUCGUACAUUAUAAUCGACGACAAACUUGUCAUAUAAAAAGCAUACGACCCUGAGCAGGGACAGUGCAAUUAAAAAAUAUUUAAUUAACAAAACGAAGAGAGUAAUCAUUUCCUUUGAUUUUCUCUUAUAACUAUGCCAUACUUUCUAUUUGUUUCUUUCGAAAGAACUUCCUCGAGAAAACGAGCCUUACCUGGUUUUUUAAAGACAAAGGAGAAUAGAAGUUUGGGACAAAAAUCAAGCAAAAUCGUAAAAGAAAGCUUGCGAGGAUCGUUCUUGUAUUACUCGUUUUGAAGAUAAUCGAUCUUUCAGAGAGCUUCUCUCAAGACAUCCGUCCCUGGUUCUAUCCGCCUCGCGGACGGUGACAGACGCGCAACGCAAGGCGAUUGUCUACGUGACCAUCGUUGCUUCCUGCCCGAUGUGUCCUACAUAUCCGCUUGUCGAUGUCACUCGGCUCGGUAGACUCGCGUUCCAUCGGAGACUCCACGAAUCUCUAUGUUUUCUCGUUGUCUCUCUAUCGCGAUAUAAAUAGAAGAUCCUUUUUUAUUUUUCUCUAGGUCUUGUACAUAAGAUGUUAAAGUACUACGAUUAUUUUCCUCGUCAUCGUGAUAUAAAAAGUCUAUGUUGUUUUUUAUUUUCUCUAGGUCAACCCGUUGUCGAAGUACCUGGAGAAAAUGCAACGGUUAUGACAGAUGUUGAACAAAUUACGUUAGAAAAUAAUGAGACGAGAGAUCAAUCGACGAACGAUACCCUCCAAGAAACACCAACACCCGUGCACUUCCUUCAUGUGCCUAAACACACGGAAACGCAGCUUGGCUCGUCCGUUCUUUUGCCAUGCAGAACGACGAAUCCCGUUGCUGAAUGUCAAUGGUCCUGGCAGCCAUUACCGCCAAUUCAUCUGCCGCUUCCGGACAUCAGUGAGAGUCCAAAUGACUCCAUGAUAACUACAACGUCACCAACAUCGACAACAGCCCCAACGGCACAUUCAUUGCCGGUCAGACGAUUUCCAGCUUUUGGAAACAGCAGUAACGAUUGUUCCGUCCGAUUUUCGAGUAUGAAGCACGAACAGACUGGAUACUGGACUUGUGCCGCAAGGAAUUCAACGAACGAUCCUUUCACCGCCACGGUACCCGCCAAGUUAACCAUCGUUAACGAUCAAGGAUCUCUCAUUACCUUCGUUAAACACGAAGAAGCGAUAGAGGUUGUAGCAGGCUCCUCCGCACAAAUAAUGUGCAGAACAAAAUUACCUGUACGUGAGUGUCAAUGGUCUUGGCGAAGAUUGAACCAAUCCGAACCUUGGAACUUAGAAGUAAAGAAAUUUCCAGCUUUUGGAAACGACAGCACCGAUUGCAGCAUCAAGUUCAAAAAUGUUCUAGCGGAACAAGAAGGCUAUUGGAGUUGUGGCGCACGUAUAGAUCCAAACUCGUCAUUUGUACGAUCGAAUCCAGUUCGAUUUUUGAUAUCUGAAGUUGAAUUCGUGCAGUUGUCUCGAGGCGUACAAGUGGCUGCCGGUGAAUCCGUGCUCCUAAGGUGCUUGGUCAAUAAACCCGUAAUACGCUGUGAGUGGUCCUGGAGAGCAACGAACUCGAGUAAGGAACCUUUACUCGUAAAGACGUUCGCUCCAAAUAAAGAUGCCGAUCACGACUGCUCCGUACGAUUUAAAAACAUCCUUUACGAGGAAGAAGGACUGUGGACUUGUGGAAUUCGAUUGUCACCUGACGGUAUACUCCAUGAAGCACCAUCGGCAACUGUGAGUCUUUUACCAUCGGGUAAGCAUUGGAACAAGAUUUUCCUUUUUAAUUCAAGAAAGACGAGCUCGAGAGCUUUCUUUCUUAUGUCUUUAUACGUUUCAGCUAAAGUGAACUUGGUGGAAAUACCAACAGAUAUCACAGUCCCUCUAGGUACCGAAGUUACCUUGAAAUGUAUCACUAAUAGCCGCGUAGAGAAAUGUGUCUGGAGUUGGAAAGCACUUCAUGGAAACGAUCCUGAGAUCGUGCUUCGAGAAUUCCCAAGUAACGGUGAUCUUGGCAGGGAUUGUUCACUCGUUCUUUCACACGUUCGCAACGAGGAACAAGGAUUGUGGAAUUGUCAGGUAUCCAUACCGUCACUUAAUACGAUGCUGUCUUCUCCAUUCGUCAAACUGUUAACAUUCGAACAGGACGAAGUGAAAUUUUCAGAACUCUCGCAGGACAUUCAAAUAUCAUCGGGUGGUACCAUACUCCUACGAUGUGUAACAUCAUUGCCAGUAGAACAAUGUCGAUGGUCCUUGACACCAGUGAAUUCUAAUACGACCGUAGUGGUGAAACAAUUCCCAGCAGCCGGAAGCGAAUCAAGGGAUUGCAGCGUCAGGUUGAGCCAUGCCCUGGCCGAGCAAGAAGGUCUUUGGACCUGCGGUGCCAGAAUACAUGGCCGUGAGAAUUAUACGGAUGCACCGCCAGCGAAAUUAAGCCUCCUUGAGCCAGAACCUGUGAUAGUCACCCUUUGGGCAGCUCCUCAUCAAAUGGUCAAGUUGGCUUGUAAAUUAGGACAAGUUCCUGUAGGAGCUCAAUGUCAUUGGAUACAUGCACCAAAUAUCUAUAUACAUCAAAAUAUUACAAAUACAGCAAAAAAAGACAGGCACAAUCUUCAAAUGGAUUAUUCUACCGGGAUAUGCACAAUAGAAUUCAAACCUGAUUAUUCAGACCUAGGACAGUGGACUUGCAGAUUUACAAGAGAUAACAAAAAUACUGACAUAGAAUUGGGAAGUGCAACACUCAUAUUACUUAAUACACUUGCUGAUGAAAAACUUGGAUGGAUUGUUGGUGCUUUAACUGCUAUUAUUUUAUUUUUAAUGAUUAUUGUAGUAGUUAUAGUAGUUUGUAAAACUCGACUUUUUGUAAGAUCACCAGAAAUAUUAGAAACAAUGCCUGCUUCAAGAAAACAACAAAAUUUGCAAUGCACCAAUGACAGAAGAAUAGAGCAUGAUAAUUGUAGUAAUAUUACUAAUAGUAAUAAUAUUUUACCAAACAGAAGCCCACACUUGUACGAAAGAGUAGAAAAAUAUAAUGUUGUAACACCAAAAUUAUAUGAAAACUUUGGAUUGUAAAUUUAUAUUCGUCUACCAGAGACAAAUAAGGUACAUAUCAUCGCUUUUUCCUCAAACCUACUUUUACCUUACAUUAUUGAAGACAUUGUUAACUUAUGAGAGUAAGUUAGUCUAUAGGAGUAGAGUGUACUUGUAAACAGUUAUAAAAAUUAUCAAAAUUUUGAAAAAUAUAUCUUAUAUAAAAUGUAAAA